AUGCAAACCUCACACGCUCACGAGAGGCAAACACGGGCUGGUAGUGAGCGAGACCCAGCGCUUCGCCCCGAUUCCUACGCCAAGCCCACCGAAGGCACAAUGAGCUCAAUAGCUCUUAUGAAUUUACUCGCUGUCUUAGCGAGAAGGAAAGCGCUCGCCGCAAUACAGUUCCUUCGAAAACCUCCCACAGGCCUUUCAACAACAACGUCCCUGCAACAGAUCCAACACAUCACGCACCCAGACAUCGUCAGACGCGCCAUCAAGAUCUGCUCCCUAAAAGCAGAGAGCAUCUGCGCAGACGGCGACAGAAAGCUCAAGGAUACCGAUACGAUGAUAAUGAUGUCGGCAUCCAGCUCGUAUAGCACGGGAUCCGAGCUCGCUGCGGCGAUAUCUACCCUUAGUUACAGCAUCAAAGACACAUAUACACAAGAGACAAUCGCCACGCGGAUGCUGGUUGCGUCUGUGCUUGGGAGCGAGGCGGGUAUCUGGUCACGUCUCAAGUCAUGGAAAGAAGCCUACUUUCGCGCGCUAGGAUCCAUCACUGCAGCAGAGGGAAUCUCGAGUUUUAAGGUCUUGGACUCAGAAACCAUGGCCAAGCUAAGAGAAAUAUAUGAUGGGGCAAAAGCUGGUUUGGAUGGGGAUGUGCACUGA